AUGUCUUCGGCCGAGCUGCCCGUGAGGCCAACCACUUCCGCGGGACCUGGGUCAACCUCAGAUGCUGCUGCAAAGAAGUCUCGCUAUGCCCAGCUCGGUUCAGUGACAGCCUCAAGCAAGCUUCCCGCACCCGGCAGAGCAUCUCCAGAUCGUAGCCAGCCAUCGACUCCGGCAAAGGCUUCUACUCCCCAACCUCUCCACGCCAAUCCGCCCAGUCCGCAGACGCCAUCCUCGCGAAUACCCGCGCCGACCUUCUCGACUCCCAAGUCCAUCGCUGCCAAGAAGCCGGAGCUUCAGUUGCCCCCUCCGACACAGGCCCCCGUUGGUACCAAGGGUACCUUCUUGCUCGACGAUGCGCCCGUCAUCUCUCCCUCGACCGAUCGAAAUACUCCCUCGAGUCCAAAAGCAGCUGCCUCACCUCAGUCCGGCCUCGGAGCAUCUCCCGAGGAGCUCAAGCUGAAGCUCUGGAACACGGCUUUUGCCAGACUGAACGGCACCAACCCCGAUAUUGUCAAGGCAUAUGAGAAGAUUCUAUCCGCUGAGCUUUGGGGUGAUGGUGCGGGUAUCAAAUUGGUGCUUGAAGGAAGUCGAGAGGAGAACCAAACACAUAUAGAGUCGAUAAUCAAAUCUAUCUCGGCCCGCCUUGAGAGUAGAAAGGGGGCUUUCGGAGAGCUGUUUUCCAACAUUAAGCAGACUGCCUCCAAGCCUUCUAUCGCAUGGGCAACAAACUAUCUGACAUUGGAGGCAAUUUCUGAUCCCGCUUCCGGGGUGCCCAAGACCCGUGCCGGCGCGACAUACAUCAUCUCGAGAGCCAACUGGUACCAGAAUCUCGUCAAGCUCCUCCUAGAGAGGAAUCAGGCACACUACGUCUCGGUCGAUUCGCUCGAGCGUAUCGAGAAGCGCAUCUCCCAGCUUUAUACCGACGUCCUCGAGUUCCAGCUCAAGACUAUCUGUUCGUCUCACCCAGGCGAGCUGGAUCUCCCUGCCCUCACAGCCGCGGCGCUCGAGACCUGGGACUGCGACCUCGAGACGGUCAAGAUAGGCGAAACUAGGGUUCAGGUGGAUGUCGAUCAGCACGGCACAGAGGAGAUGCAGUCUUCUCUUACCCGCUACUGGCAUACCGCAACCGUCUUGGAAAAGAAGGUUCAGGAAGAGACGUUAGCCCUGGAGAAACUCGCCCAAGAAAGGAAGCUUGUUGAUGAAAGACCGACUGCAGGCGAGGAGCUGGCGGCCCAAGAGAAGUUUACCGACGAGCAUGUGUCUAUCCAUGAUAAAGCGCCUACCAAUGAGAAGGCGCUGGCCGACGACAAGACACUAGUUGAAGAGGAGCAGACUGUUGACCAGAGCUUCGCACAUGCUGCCCAGGCCGCUGAGGAGGCAAGAGUCGCCGAGGAAGAAAUACUUCGUGUCGAAGAACAGCGAGUCUCAGAAGAGAGGCGCAUCGCAGAAGAGACACGAGUUGUCGAAGAGCGUAGACUCACUGAGGAGAAGAGGCUUGCAGAGGAGAAGCGUAUCGCCGAUGAGACGCGAAUCGCUCAAGAGAUGAAGCUCGCUGAAGAAAAAAAGAUUGCCGAGGAGCAAAGACGUGUUGAAGCACAGCAACUAGCCGAGAAGCGUGCUGCUGAAGAGUCAAGAGUUGCCGAAGAAAGACACCUCGUUGAAGAGAGGCGUCUCGCCGAGGAGCAGCGGCUUGCUGAGGAAAGCCGUCGCGCUGAACAACAGAGACUCGCGGAAGAAAGGCGUCUCAUGGAAGAACAGAGGAUUGCUGAAGAGACACGGCUCGCAGAGGAGAAGCGUCUAGCCGAAGAACAGCGGGUCGUCGAGGAGAAACGAAAGCUCGAGGAGAAGAGGUUAGCUGAAGAGAAACGCCUCGCGGAAGAAAAGCAGCUAGCUGAGGCGAAGAGACUCGCCGAACAAUCGAGGCUCGCCGAGGAGAAGCGCAUUGCGGAGGAAAAGCGUAUCGCAGACCAAGAACGUCUCGCCGAAGAACAGCGAAUUGCUGAAAAGCAGCGCAUAGCCGAAGAACAGCGUAUCGCUGAAGAGAAACGAGUUGGCGAAGAGCGUAGACUGGCUGAAGAGAAGAGGCUUGCAGAGGAGAAGCGCAUAGCCGAAGAACAGCGCAUCGCAGAUGAAAAACGUCUCGCCGAAGAAAGGCGCGUCGCUGAGGAGAAUCGUCUCGCUGAAGAGAAGCGUAUUGCUCAAGAGCAACAACGGCUAGCUGAAGAGGCACGCAUUUCUGAAGAGAAGCGUAUCACGGAAGAGAAACAACGCAUUGCUGAAGAACAACGCAUUGCUGAAGAACAACGCAUUGCUAAGGAGAAGCGUGUUGCUGAGGAAAAGAAGCUAGCCGAAGAAAAGCGAUUAGCAGAAGAGAGACGUGUCGCAGAGGAACAGCGUGCCGCGAAAGAGAAAAGGGUGGCUGAGGAGAAGCUUGCUCAGGAGAAGAAGCUGGCAGAGGAAAAGGCCGCUGAAGAACAGAAACUUACUGCAGAGAAGCGCGCUGCUGAAGAUAAGCUUGCCCAAGAGAAGAAGCUUGCUCAGGAAAAGAAGUUGGCCGAUGAGAAACGAGCGCAAGAGAAGAAGAGAAUUGCUGACGAGAAGAGGGCUCGAGACAAGAAGGUUGCUGAGGAAAAGCGGGCAAAGGAGAGAAAACUCGCGGAGGAGAGACGGGCAAAGGAAAAGAGGCUCGCAGAGGAAAGGAAGGCCAAGGAGCAGCUUGCACAGCAGUCAACCGCCCAACCACCACAACAACCUGCCCCUCAGCAACCCGUCCAACCUCAGCAGAUUAUCCAAGCAAAGCCACAGCCUGUUCCAGUCAACCCACAGCCCAUCCAAGCAAGACCGCAACCCGUCCAAGUGAAGCCACAGCCCGUCCAAGUCAAACCGCAGCCCGUUCAAGCAAGACCUCAACCUGUUCAAGUCAGGCCGCAACCCGCUCAAGUCAACCCUCAGCCCGUUCCAGCAAAGCCGCAGCCCGCUCAGGCAACCCAGCCAGUCGAGGCCAAGCCAUCAACAGACGCUCAGGUGAAACUUCUUCAAGGCCACAAGGGUCCAGUAAACGCGAUCGCAAACGCCCCCGAUUUCAAAACCUUUGCCACCGGCUCGGCUGAUGCCACAAUCAAGAUCUGGGGUCCAGCGACCAGCGAGUGCCUGCAGACCCUGGCAGGACACAAAGGAAGCGUGCUCGCAGUGGCGUACUCUGUCGACGGCAAACGUCUCGCGUCCGGAUCCGAGGACAAGUCCGUCAAAAUAUGGGAGUUGGCCACCGGCAAGUGCCUUCUGACUCUCACAGAGCACACCGAGAGGGUCAGCUCGGUGACGUGGCUCGUCGAUGACAUGGUCGCCUCGGCCUCGUCCGACACGACGAUCCGCGUCUGGGAGGUCGCCACGGGCACGUGCUGGCAAUCGAUCGAGGGCGGGAAGGAGGUCAUCCUGGCGCCCGUCCUGACGAGCGGGAAGAGGUUCGCCACGGGCUCCAAGGACUCCAAGCUCAAGAUCUGGGACCUGGAUCAGGGAGUCUGCCUUCGGACCCUGCGAGGCCACGGCGGUGAAGUCACGGCGGUGGCGGCAAGCGGCCGGCUGCUGGCGUCUUGCUCGCUUGAUGGGACUACUCGGACCUGGAGUCUCGCUCAGGACCCCUCGCUGCGCACUUUCAAGGAGGGCUCGGGUUCUCCUCGGUGUGCUUCUAUCUCGCGCGACUUGAAGAAGUUGGCAACAGGUUCUGAAUCAGAUUCUAUCAGUAUUUGGAAUGUGGCCACUGGAGCUCGGUUGAAGGCUCUGAGUGGUCAGGGUGCAGGGGGGACUCUUGCUUUGGCUUUCCUAGGAGACAGUAACCAACUUGUUGCAGCAGGCGAGGAUGGUUCUCUCAGAGUAUGGAACGUGGAUAAGUCUUAA